AUGUCGAAGCAAUUGACCAAGGUCUAUUACAAACUUGACACAAAAGAAGAUCAGUGUAAUAUGAAAAACCUUGGAUUUGAGAAAUUUUAUGGAUGGCUCCAAAAAAAUGAUUUUGAUGAAACAUUAAAAUCACUUGAAACACGCAUCAUCCAGGGAUAUGAAGAUAUAGUUGCCACAAGGAAUUCAUUUUCAAUGUGUAUUUCCUUUUAUGAUCAUAAUGAUGCAAAUUCAUUCAGAAGAUAUAUGUCAUAUAGGGAAUUUGAAGGAAAUGCGAGGGCAGUAGCUUUUUGGUAUGGAAUUUGUCCUGCGCAUGAAGUUAUUGUUAGAAAUGUACCUCUUGAUAGCACUCGUCGAACCAUUUUUGAAAAAUUUGAAAAUUAUGGUAACAUUGGUCGAGUAACUCCAUGUAAAACUAAUCCAUCUGUUUAUUGGGUUGCUUUCAUUAGUUCCAAGGGUGCGAAAACUGCAAUUGCAAAGGAAACAAAUAUUUCAUCUGCAAAAGGCAAUAAAUUUGAAAUCCCAAGUCUAGCAUCCGAGAGAUAA